AUGUCCUCCAAUCUUCCACUCUACAUAUCGCCCAAUGGCACCGUCUACGUCUUCUACGGCGACCAGGCCAACUGCACCAUCUCCGCGUGUCCCGUCGAAAUCAGCGUUUACGGCUACCGGCCCUCACUGGCGGCCAGCGGCACCCUCAUCGCCCUCUAUGCUAUCUGCAUCUUCUUCCAACUCUUUCUAGGUUGGCGGUACAAGGCUUGGGGAUUCAUGGCCGCCAUGGCGCUAGGGUGCAUCGAUGAAAUUCUCGGGUACGUUGGGAGGAUCUUGCUUUGGCAGAAUCCGUGGGGUCAGCAGGGGUUCAUCAUGCAGAUUGUUCUAAUCACCAUUGGUCCCGUCUUCUUCUCUGCUGCCAUCUACGUCAUGCUGUACCAAAUAGUCACAUACAUCUCCAUCAAGCAUUCACGCUUCUCACCCCGGUUCUUCUACUACACCUUCAUCCCAUGCGACAUUUUGAGUCUGAUUCUCCAAGCCAUCGGGGGCGCCAUGUCAUCGACAUCCAACGGCUCCUCCGACGCCGGAGUCAACAUCGCCCUGGCAGGUCUAGCAUUCCAAGUCGCCACAUUGGUCGUGUUUGUCACCAUGACGGUGGAUUAUUUCGUCCGCAGUCGCGACGUGUGGAUGCGACCGAACUCGAAGGCAAGAAGAAUCCACGUCCAGCUACCGACGCGAUUCCUGGUGUUUGUCUCCUUCCUCUCGCUGGCCACGUUGUUGAUUCUCGUUCGCUGCUGUUAUCGUGUCUACGAGCUCAAUGAGGGGUAUUCCAGGAACAGUGAGGCGUUGAGGGAUGAGGGGUUGUUUAUUGGGCUGGAGUCGGUAAUGGUUGUCCUAGCAGCCUACUGCCUCAUCGUGGCGCAUCCAGGCUUCGGAUUCACAAGGGACAGCAAUGGCAAGCAGACACCGUACGAAAAUCAAACUGAGGUUCUCGGUGGUGGUGGUAGUGGUGUUGGACCUGGUCGAGAUGAUGGCAUUGGCAGCAAGGAUGAAAAAAUGGCUUCUGUAUAG